AUGCUUGUAGCAGAUUAUGUUAUAUUUGCAGCGGUUGAUUGGCCUUUCCACAUUAUGAUCGAAAUCGCUUCUAUCAAUCUGGUUGGUAUACUAUCUUUUAUGAUUGAGUAUCCCGGCUUUAUUCAGAAGCUUCUACGCCAGCCCGGUUCUGAUACCGACUAUCCAAAUACAAGGAAAGCAGCGAGGCAGCCAAUACCAGCCUUAAAAUUGCAGUGGCCAUCAAGGAGGCUGUGA